AUGACCCGCCAGGAUGCUCCGUUUUUCGCGGGGAGCGUACUCAUCUUGGCAUUAAUCGCGUCUUUCGUGGCGCUGAUUGCGCCGGUUUCCGCGGCAAAGCAGAGUGACUUCCCCGCCUGCUGGUACUCGGGCCUGCUGCCCGUGAAACCGAAUGUGACUGUAACGAGGUGCCUGGACGCCGCGGAAUGGACGUGCUGCUCUGACUGCGAGGACCGGAAAUACGCGGUAGUGGAGGCGUCCACGGAUGGCCGCGUUAUACUUAAUCAAGUCUCGCCGGGGCUCGGCGACAAGUUCACAAACGUCAACAUGAUGGUACGCGACACAGAUUGCCACCACUCCGCGUGUGCUCUCGCUCACAUGUGCGCCACUGGCUGCAGUUCGAGUCGCAUUUGUGCUGUCUACUCCCUCUCACUUCCUUCCCCUCUCACUUCCUUCCCCUCUCACUUCCUUCACCUCUCACUUCCUUCCCCUCUCACUUCCUUCCUCCCUCACUUUCUUCCUCUCUCCCUCCUCUCCUCUUGCUCUCCCCUCCUCUCGGUUGUCCACGCCGCCACUCCCGAAUUCCGUCUCUCCGCGUCUCCGCAAACAUGCGCGCACUCCAGCGGCUUCGAGCUGCGCCGUUCCGUCGUCGAUCUCCGAGACUUUCACCCACCCUUAGCCGUUAUUCCCUCCUCUCCCCCUUCCCUCCUGCAGGAGCACGAGCGGGUGUGCGCGCAGUUCAGCUUUUUCCAGCAGUGCCAUCUCCUCCUGGAGCAGGUCGUGUGCGCGCCAUUGGCUGCAGCUCGAGUCGCAUUUUUACGCUCUCUCACUCCCUCUCACUUCCUCUCUCACUCGUCUCCUGUCGUGCUCCUAUUGGCGCAGGUGUGCACGCAGUUCAGCGAGUUCCAGCAGUGCCAGCUCCUCCUGUCCGCCCCUUCACUCCCGCCCUCCUCAUUCUUCCACCCCUUCCCCCUCUCUUCCCCCGCCUCCCGCGCCACCUCCUCCCCCUCUCCCCGCUCUUCCCGCGCAGGUGUGCGCGCAGUUCAGCGAGUUCCAGCAGUGCCAGCUCCUCCUGGAGCAGGUCGUGUGCGCCACGGGGUGCAACCCGGAUUCGGGCAGCUACUUCAAGCUGGUCAACGGCACGCGCGUCAUGCAGGUCUGCAACGCCUUCUCGCAGACCGUCUACCAGACCUGCAAGGGGCUCACAC